CAUCUCACUCCUGUAUUUCUAUCAUUUUAAUUCGACUGGUAUAAGGGGUAUAACUGACUGUUAAAAUCUACGUUUUUAUUUUUUCUUUUUGUUUAACGAAUUAAACUAUUGUACAUUCUUCAUUAGGACCGGUAAUUUCCAAAAUUAUUUAUACACUGCCCAUUUAUGAAAGAUGAGUAUAGCAGAAGAUUGGGUAGAUCCUGCGUCUUCUGAGAAUACAGAUUUACGCAAAGAUUUUUAUUAUGAAGGGAAUGAACUAAACAAUGAACGAAGGGGCUUAUUCUCUAUCGAAAAAGUUCAACUGCAAUUUCCUGUUUCAAUACGUUGUUUGGCUGUCGAGAAUAAUAUUUUAGUCAUGGCUCUUACAAGCGACAAGCUAAUGAUUGUUGAUUUAGAGAAACCAGAAGAAAUUGUGGACAUCGAGCUUCCGAAGAAAGCUUUGGCUCUUGGACUGACCUAUAAGAUAUUCUUAGAUCCUUCUGGACAGUAUAUUUUUGUCACAACAACGGCUGGUGAUAAUUGCCUUUUUACUCCUUCCCGACAAGGCCGAGUUUUGACGAAGCUGAAAGGCCAUACGAUCGAAUCUAUGAUGUGGAGAUUUGGCGAAAAUGGUAAUCUAGAGCUUUUACUUGCUUCUAGGUCUGGAGCUAUACUUGAUCUUAUGUUGAGUUUGGAUGCAACAAAUGUGAAACGCCUUGAAAAGUCUAUGAAUACCGUUUAUUCUUUUCCAUAUCCAGAAACACCGUUAGAUAUGUUAUUGGCAAAUCAAGAAAACAUGGGAGAAGGCUACCUUGUUGUUGCUACUAAUCAACGUCUUUUGAAGUUUUCGAAAGGGCAUAUUUCCAGUAUGGACCAGCUCUAUUUUUUUUCUUUUUUUCAAGGGGAUAUCGAUGAAUUAUAUCGUAUAUUCGACAAUGAAUCUGUUGAAUGUGUUUCACAUUCUCCAUAUCCGCAAAUCUCUGCUGAGCCCUACACAAUUGCUUUAAAAACGAAUAAAAGGAUUGUGUAUUAUGAUUUGAUAAAUGUAACCUUCGAUGUGAUCCAGGAAUAUCAGUUUGUUGAAUCACCGCGCCUUUCGGUGCCAACUAUGGAGAUGAAUUUGCUGCUCACGCCGUUCCAUACAGCUGUCUUUGAUUUGGAUACUUUAUAUAUAUUCAACAGAGUUAGUCAAAAGGAAGUUUAUCAACAAAAAAUUACCCUUUCCCCUCAUGAAGAAAUAUUGGGACUCUCUUGUGAUCAUGAAAAAAAUACAUAUUGGUUAUACACAACAGAUAGUCUUCACGAACUGGUGGUUAAUAAUGAAUUGGAUGAUGUCGCUAUAGUUUUUUUACAAAAGGCGGAAUAUCUAAAGGCUUUGGCAUGUGCUAAUACUCCGAAAGUGCGAAAUUCUGUUUUAGAUGGUUAUGCUGAUCAUUUGAUGAAAAUAGGCGAUUACGAAAAGGCCGCUACUUUUUUCGCUGAAACUUACAGAUCUGUGGAAGAAGUUGCUUUGAGCUUCAUAGAAAUUGGACAAAAAGAUGUUCUGAGGCAGUAUUUAUGGAAAAAGGUAAAGUCUUAUAAGCCAUCUAUGAAGUCCCAGCGAGAAAUAAUAGUAAACUGGCUUUUGGAAUCUUUAUUAGGAAGAUUAAAUGAUCUAGAUGAAGAAGAAAGGCUUGAGUUGUUUCCCGAUGCUAUAAUUGAAAAGCGUCAACAGGUUCUGCUUGAAUUUUCAAGGCUCUUAUCGCAGUACAAAGAUGGAAUUAAUAGAGAACUUGCAUAUAACCUUGCCAAUAAUUAUGGAAAAGAAGAGCAGUUGCUGCAAAUUGCAACAGUGAUGAAAGAUCAGUCCUAUAUCAUGCAUUAUUGGGUGCAACGAGAAAACUAUGAUAAAGCCCUAGAAACAUUAAAUGAAGGUGUGGAUCAAGGAACCCUUAUUCAGCAUGCAACCGCUUUAUUAACCCAUCGGCCGAUGGAAACUGUCAGUAUAUGGGAGCGGCAGGCAGAUAUGGACGUUCAUGCUUUGAUACCGUCUUUGCUAAGUUAUAAUCAACGUGCUCGUGUCUCUGUUGAAGAAAAUGCAGCAAUUCGUUACUUAAAAUUCGUAACUGGGGUUUUAGGUUGCGCGGAGCCAUCCAUACAUAAUACACUGUUUUGCAUUUAUGCCUGUCAUUCUAGCUCAAAUGAGUCUUACCUCAUGAAUUAUAUAGAACAGCAAGGUGAUCAUCCUUUAUAUGACAUGGAUCUUGGGAUUCGACUUUGUUUGCAGUUCAAUUGUCGCAGAAGUGCUGUUAAAAUUCUGGUGUUAUUGAAACUGUACAGUCAGGGUGUUGAACUGGCUUUGGAAGAAAAGGAUUAUGAACUAGCUGCUUCCGUCGCAAAUAUGCCUGAAGAUGACUUGGUGUUGAAAAAAAGUCUUUGGCAAGCCAUUACGAAGGCGAUGUUUGCUACUACGGAAAAUAUAAAGGAGUCAAUAAAGUUUUUAGAACAAUCCAACGUUCUUCCACUUACGGAACUAAUUCGACUUUUACCAGAAAAAAUCACCCUGGACGAUUUACGAGAUAAUAUAUGUGACGAACUGGAAAGUUGUCGAGAGCAAAUCGAGCAACUUGGCGUUGAGAUUGAACAAGCCACGGAAGUUGCAGAAGCUGUACGUACGAAUUCCGAUGACCUAAAAAACAGAUAUAUUGUGCUUGACCAUAACGAGCCAUGCUGGCAUUGUCAUCAGCUGCUAUUUUCCGAGUCUUUUGUUUUAUUCCCAUGUCAACAUACGUUCCAUAGACAAUGUAUGCUUAAGCAUAGACUUACCAGUGUUCCUGAAAAGGAUAUUUUAAAAGAGUGUCAACUAUGCGGCCCUUCAUAUACCGUCCGGCUAUUAGAUGAACCAUUCCCUGACACAUUUUGAUUGCUAUUCUCUAUAAAAAAUGGUUAGCGAUGCUGUAUUUAUUUAAAGCAUCUUUUUUUGUUUCUUAUUUGAAAUGUAUUCUCUGGUUUCGGUAAAGGUCCUGGAACCACAGAAGAAACAUUCUCCUCAACGUUCUUUUGAUGAGUACAAUAAUAAUGAAUAGUCAUGCGUUAGUUACUUUUAGAUGUGUCUUAAUGAAUUAUCUUAUUAAAAAAAUAUAUUAAC